GGCGCCUCCGCGGUGCAGCGGGUGCUGGUGCCCAGCGGUGGCGGCGCUAGGACGUGGUGCCGGCGUCCCCGCGCCCGCUGACCUUGGACCCUGGCCCCGCGAGCCCUCGCCCGACAGCGCAGGCGCCUGGCAGGACCAGCGCCGGCGGCCAGGCUCCGAUGCUGGUCUCCGGAAGAAGGGUGCUUACAACUCUGCUACGGACCCAGAGGUGGCGCUACCAACCAGCCAGGGACAUGCGACUGGUACAGUUCCAGACAGCCCACCUGAAGGGACCGCACCUGGGCCUGGAGUCAGGGAAUGGCGGCGGGGUCAUCAACCUCAAUGCCUUUGAUCCCACACUGCCCAAGACGAUGAUGGAGUUCCUGGAGCAGGGAGAGGCCACAUUCUCCAUAGCAAAAAGGGCCCUGGGUGCCCAGCUGCCAGUCCUAGCACGGUCAGAGGUGACCUUCCUGGCUCCAGUCACACGGCCAGACAAGGUGGUGUGUGUGGGCAUGAAUUAUGUGGACCACUGCAAAGAGCAGAACGUGCGCGUGCCCAAGGAGCCCAUCAUCUUCAGCAAGUUCGGCAGCUCCAUCGUGGGCCCCUACGACGACAUCCUCCUCCCUCCUGAGAGUCAGGAGGUGGACUGGGAGGUGGAGUUGGCUGUGGUCAUUGGAAAGAGAGGCAAGCACAUUAAGGCCACAGAUGCCAUGGCUCAUGUGGCUGGUUUCACUGUAGCACAUGACGUGAGUGCUCGUGACUGGCAAAUGAGACGCAAUGGAAAACAGUGGCUUCUGGGAAAAACCUUUGACACCUUCUGCCCCUUGGGCCCUGCCUUGGUGACCAAGGAUAGUAUAGCAGAUCCACACAACUUGAAGAUCUGCUGUCGGGUGAAUGGGGAGGUAGUCCAGAGCAGCAAUACCAACCAGAUGGUAUUUAAGACGGAGGAGCUGAUAGCCUGGGUCUCCCAGUUUGUCACUCUUUACCCUGGGGAUGUCAUCCUGACUGGGACCCCUCCGGGUGUUGGUGUAUUCAGGAAACCUCCUGUCUUUCUCAAGAAGGGUGAUGAAGUCCAAUGUGAGAUAGAAGAAGUAGGUGUCAUCAUCAACAAGGUGGUGUGAUGGUUUCUGCUACAGGCCCAGGACUUAGGACACGAGGUGAAGGCACUUGUUCAGGGGGCCCAGAAGGGAGAAGCAACAGAGCCCUUCCCUCAAUAAACUUAUCAGGCCAAAGCAGCAA